UGGCAUUUGCAUGGUGCUGGGUUGCAGCACAGGAUGGAGUAAGGGCAACAGCAGCAUUAGGGGCAUCAGUGCCAAGGAUCUAACUGCUGCCAGGAGGAUCAGAGGAUAGCCCCACUGCAAUAGCAGGAUUGUCUGAUUCCAGGAUCCAGAGGCUCCAGCCACUUGCAUAUACAGGAGCCCUGCACAGUGCAUCCCUCUAAGGAUUUAAGGAGGCACUCUGCCCACAGCAAGGAUACCAGGCUUCCCAUUGAGUGGAUACUCUCCUCCUCACCUAAGGAAUUUGAUUUUGGAGCCCUUUAAAGUUCCAGCACAGAUUGAAGCCCUCAGCACCUUCUUUGAGGCAGAAGUUUGCAGCAGGGGGUGCAAUCAAACUUCUCAUCCCCACAUUGCAUCCUCUUGGAUUGGGAGGCUUUCUUCUUCGUUUUUUUUUUUUUGCAGCUUGGAUCUAAAGGGGGAUGUGUAUGCUACAAGGUGCAGAGCUGAGCUGGGAAGAGAGAGAGUUAAACACCUGCAGAGCUGAAGCCUGAGUGCCCACCAGUCCCAGAUCCCAGUCCCUGUGCCAGGGGGUCCUUCACCAUCACCAUCACCAUCCUCAUCACCAUGAGCUCGGUCAGGCUGUGUGGAUGUGUCCUGCUCCUGCUCAUCUGUGCUUCAAGCAGCGGCCAACGAAGCAACAGAAGAAAAACAGCCUCCGAAAUCUCGACGAGCAACAGACAAAAGGCAAAAGAAAGGAUGUCCGGUGCCACAUCAUCCAGCAGAGACUGCCUACAAGCCGGAGAAUCGUGCAAAAAUAACCCCAGCUGCAGCUUCAAUUUACGAACAUUGCGCCAGUGCAUAGCUGGCAAUGGUGCCAACAAGCUAGCGCCCAAUGCCAAGAGCCAGUGCAAGCGUACCGUGGACGCCCUUCACUCCAGCCAGCUGCACGGCUGCAAGUGCAAGCGAGGGAUGAAGAAGGAGAAGAACUGUCUAAAUAUAUAUUGGAGCAUUCACCACACCUUGAUGGAAGGUGUAAGUGUCUUAGAGAGUUCACCCUAUGAAUCAUUUGUGAGAGGGUUUGACUACGUGAGGCUGGCGUCCAUCACAGCAGGCUCUGAGAAUGAAGUCACCCAAGUCAAUCGUUGCCUUGAUGCGGCAAAAGCUUGCAACGUGGACCCCACCUGCCAGAAGUUACGAACAGAGUACGUUGGCUUGUGCAUACGCCCCAUGCCACGGACUGACUCUUGCAACCGUUCCAAGUGUCACAAGGCCUUGAGGAAGUUUUUUGACAGAGUUCCAGCCGAGUAUACCAGUGAACUGCUCUUCUGUCCAUGUGAGGACACAGCUUGUGCAGAGCGGAGGCGGCAAACAAUCGUUCCAACAUGUUCUUAUGAGUCAAAAGAGAAACCCAACUGUCUCAACCCACUAGAUGCUUGUAAGGGUGACUACAUUUGCAGGUCGCGGUUAGCUGCCUUCCAGAUGGAUUGUCAGCCUUCAGUGCACUCCAUGACCGGGUGUGCACGAGAGAACCAUGCGGCUUGUCUGAUGGCGUACACAGGGAUUAUAGGUAGUCCUAUCACCCCCAACUAUGUGGACAACUCAUCCUCAAGUGUCGCCCCCUGGUGCACCUGUAACACGAGUGGAAACCGGCAGGAGGAGUGCGAGAACUUCCUACACUUCUUCACAAACAACAUCUGUCUACAAAACUCUAUCCAUGCUUUUGGCAAUGGGACCAAUCUAAACCUGGCUCUGAAUCCAUCCGUGGCCUCCACAACUCCCGGGCAGAAGGAAGAGAAGUAUGCCAACGUCUCUGUCCCUACAGUAAAGGAAAGUGUCCAUGUCUAUGUCCAGCCCACCAAGGUCUCAAAGGAAGAGCCCUUUCUUGUAGGAUCCAAUGAAAUCAAAUCUGAAGUUUUCAACUCUCUUGGCCCAUCUUCUAGUUCCCAGUGGAUCAGCGGUGGAUGUUCCUUGAUCGUCACUCUAUUUUUUCAAAUCUUGAUCUAAAGACGGCUGAGAGUUCCCAGUUUUACACAAAAAAAACACAAAAAUUUCUGGGAGGGAAACAGAACUGUGUCUUCUCUAUUUUUUUAUGUUAAUUCAUGGUAAUCUUCAAAGUCCUUCCUUUCAUUUAUCGUCUUUUGAAAUAAUGCGGAACAUCUCUUUGAGUCUCGGACUGGACUUUUACACAUUUUGGAAGGCCAGGUGGAAGUCACCUGGAGUCGUCUGGAACAAUGGCUCGGAAUUGGUGCCAGCCGUCCUAUGGAGUCCUGUGGAGCAUCUAAGACAGUACCCAGAUGUCUACUGCAGAGUGCAAGAAUUACAGAUAAG